AUGGCUACAUCCUGCUGCAGCAGCGGCAUCCAACAACUCAUCCGUGACGGAGAAUCUCAGUUCAAUGGCAUGAUUCGUCAUUCACCCAAUCAGACUCUCCCAUCCAUUACACCCAUCACCAACCAGCCACGAGUGUAUGCUUCAUCUCUAGGCCAAUUGGACCUCCUUCCUGCAGAGCUUCUGCUCUCUGUCCUCGAUCUUCUCGAUUUCCAGUCUCUGUCCCGCCUUUCACGGGUAUCUCUCCUGGGCAAAGAUGUCAUAGAGGAUUUGCCAGUUUACAGCGACAUGGUUCAGCAUGCCCCAGAGACAUUGGCCACUUUGGGUCAAACUCAUCUGCUAGGCCAUCAUCCUGCCACUCUUCUUCACUCUACCCUACGGCAGAGCAAAUGUGUGUCGUGUUUUGCCUUUGGCGGGUUUCUCUUUUUGCCCACGUGUGAGAGGGUUUGUUUCGAAUGUCUAUAUGAGAACCAGGCUCUCCGAAUGACUUCCCCAGCCAUGGCGAAGCAGUGCUUUGGUCUCACAGGUGACGACCUGGGGCGAAUCCCUAUCAUGCACAGUAUUCCUGGUACCUUUGGUCUCAGGUUCCAGUUUGUGCAUAAACAGGUGGAACAUCUUGUCAGUGUCAAGCAGGCAAAGAAGCUUGCGCUGGGAAUACAUGGCUCAGCUGAGGAGCUUGCCAAGCUGAGGCCAACAUACCGCCCUGGCACAGUAUCAAUGAAAGAUGCUGCUAUUUUUAGACAUUUCCACGAAGCUUCGCUGGACUCUCCAGGAUGUGAUCUGUCGAGACUGCCCAGAAAAGCUGAAGUAGUGGAAGAUGACUUUGGUGGAAUGGCCUCCAUCCGGUUUCCAUAUCUCUCAGAUACUGGCGCUGAGAAAGGUGUCCUAUGUAAAGGAUGCCUCGUUACGUACAGCCAUUACAUGCAGGGCAUACUUCCUCAACCUGCUUUCUCACAAAUUGUCCCAGCGGAUGUUGGGCCAUAUCGUCCACUUCUAGCGUUAUUGACUCGCCUGUGGUCUCCAGAAGGGUUCCGUAAGCACGUACAUGAAUGCUAUGGCGCACGACGAAUUCUUGGACUGUGA